AUGGCAGAUUCACAGGAGUGCCGUGUAGAAGUCCCUAUCCCUGCUGCCCGACGGCGAUCAGCAUACGAGUUACUGGUCACUUCAACCGCAUGCCAACUCGUGAUCCGCCACAGCAAGACGAAAGUUAAUUCGACCUGCUUUGUGUUUAUGAUUUUGAAGCUCUAUUCUUACUCUGAGCCUGAUAGCAAUACAUACCAGCGGGUGUCUCAAAAUCAUCCUAAUCACAGAUUGCCCGGGCAAGAGCCUACAGGAGCUCUUAUUUAUAUACUUGUUCAAGCACGGUUCCUCAUUGAUGAAUCUGAACAACUUGUACGGCGCCGCGUACGGCUCAAUGUAGAUGAACUUGGGCGCAUUGCUGCAAAUUCAGUUGAUGCUGAACAUUGUGUUGAUUUAUUGCAACAUGUCCCGCGGCGGCUGUAUAACGAGGCGUAUAUUCUUGCUAUGGGCAAUGGGAUGCAGGCCAUUGGGAUGGCCCCCAACCCCAAUGCUGGAGUGCCUCAAUUAGUUAUACUACAACUAGUGAAGUAG